UCUACAUUAUUUCUCAUUUACAGGGCACUGCAUGACCAAACCUGAGCUGAUCUUCAACUUAGAGCACGGACUCGGGCCGUGGAGCGCGGCGGGUGCCUCGGUCUGGAACCUCUCAGGUGUCGACAAAGUGAGCAGCCUGGCUCAGACCAUCCAGGAAAAUAAAGACAGACAUUUCUGGCAAAUUGAAAUCAACAGGAAUACAUCAAAUGAAGAACUGGUUGAAGCAGAACUAAAGAUUCAUGAGGAAAUCCACCGGGGGACAAAAUCCUAUGAAUGUGAAGUAUGUUUGGAAGCGAUUUACCUGAAGUCACAGUACAGCACAAAUCAGAGGUUUCACAUGUGUGAGAACCCAUGCGAGUGUAAGGGUUGUGGAGAAGCAUUCUGUUCUAAGUCCGCCUUCAGUCACUAUCAGAGGCUCGAGCGAGGGGAGAAGCCCCAUGCGUGUAUAGAAUGUGGGAAAACCUUCUACUGCAAGUCCCACCUCACUGUGCAUCAGAGGACUCACACAGGCGAGAAGCCCUACGAGUGUACGGAGUGCACGAAAGCUUUCUACAGCAAGUCACAGCUCAACGUACACCUGAGAAUCCACACAGGCCAGAAGCCCUAUGAAUGCAAGGACUGCAGGAAAGCGUUCUACCGCAACUCAGACCUCACUGUACAUCAGAGAACUCACACAGGCGAGAAGCCCUAUGAAUGUAAAGUGUGCAGGAAAGCUUUCUACUGCAACUCACAGCUCACGGUGCAUCACAGGACUCACACAGGCGAGAAGCCUUAUGAGUGUCAAGUAUGCAAUAAAGCUUUCUACUGCAAGUCACAACUCGCGGUCCAUCACAGGACUCACACAGGCGAGAAGCCUUAUCAAUGUAAAGACUGCAGGAAGGCGUUCCAGUGCAGGUCAGACCUCACUCGACAUCAGAGAACUCACACUGGCGAGAGACCGUAUGAAUGCAAGGACUGCAGGAAAGCGUUCUACCGCAAGUCAGACCUCACUGUGCAUCAGAGAACUCACACAGGCGAGAAGCCCUAUGAAUGUAAAGAGUGCAGGAAAGCUUUCUACUGCAACUCACAGCUCACGGUGCAUCAAAGACAACACACAGGGGAGAAGCCUUACGAGUGUAAAGACUGCGGGAAAGCCUUUCAGUGCAAGUAUGAACUCACUCGACAUCAGAGAACACACACAGGUGAGAAACCUUAUGUGUGUAUAGAAUGCAAGAAAGCUUUCUAUACCAAGUCAGAUCUCUCUCGACAUCUGAAAACACAUGCAGGCAACAAGCCCUGAAUAUAUAGACUACAGUAAAGUUCAACACAACAAGUCAGUCCUUAAGUGGCAUCAUAGAACACAUUUAAAAAAUUUACCAUAAAAUUAGACUUAAUAAUUCAUAGACAUGCAAGAAACCAUGAAUGUAAGAAUGUUCUCUGCUUUAGCUCAUCCCUAUGUGUAGACCAAUAAAUUUAGGGAAUGUAAGAAUACUUCAUAUGAUCAAAUCUCAUGUGGCAUCAUGUACAUAAAGGUGAAUUGCCCUUUGAAUAUAAAGAAUACUAGAGGACUUUUUAAAAAAGAUUUAUUUAUUAUUAUGUAUACAGUGCUCUGUCUGCAUGUACACCUGCACACCAGAAGAGGGCAUCAAAUCACAUUAUAGAUGGUUGUG